AUGGCAGAGAGCGAGGCAGAGACCCCCAGCACCCCUGUGGAGUUUGAAAGCAAAUACUUUGAGUACAAUGGAGUCCGGUUGCCCCCAUUCUGCAGGGGGAAGAUGGAGGAGAUUGCUGACUUCCCAGUAAGGGAAAAUGACAUCUGGAUUGUCACCUACCCCAAAUCAGGAACAAGCUUGCUGCAGGAGAUCGUGUAUCUAGUGAGCCAGGGGGCCGAUCCUGAUGAGAUAGGACUGAUGAACAUUGAUGAACAGCUGCCUGUCUUAGAGUAUCCUCAGCCCGGGUUGGAUAUCAUCAAGGAACUGACUUCUCCGCGACUAAUCAAGAGUCAUCUGCCCUACCAAUUUCUGCCAACAGACCUGCACAAUGGAGAAUCCAAGGUCAUCUACAUGGCACGGAACCCCAAAGACCUGGUGGUGUCCUACUAUCAGUUCCACCGAUGCCUGCGGACUAUGAGUUACCGAGGAACAUUCCAGGAAUUCUGCAGGAGGUUUAUGAAUGACAAAUUGGGCUACGGUUCAUGGUUUGAGCACGUCCAGGAAUUUUGGGAUCACCAUUUGGAUUCUAAUGUCCUUUUUCUCAAAUAUGAAGAUAUGCACAAGGACCUCGGCACAAUGGUGGAACAGCUAGUGAGGUUUCUGGGAGUGUCUUACGAUAAGGCCCAACUGGAGUGCACAGUAGAACAUUGCCAUCAACUUAUUGACCAGUGUUGUAACGCAGAGGCCCUUCCUGUGGGUAGAGGAAGGGUCGGCCUUUGGAAGGAUAUUUUCACUGUAUCCAUGAACGACAAAUUCGACCUGGUGUAUAAGCAACGGAUGGGGAAAUUUGACCUGAACUUUGACUUCAGCUUAUAG